GCGGAGCGCCUUGAUUUUGUGCCCUUUGCACACGCCAGGCUUGUGAUAUGAAAAUCAAUCUUCGUUGUGGGCUGGAAAUGAAGUAGGGCUUUCACCCGCUUUGCGGCGGCUCCUUCGCUCGCGUGCCGGUCAUGGCACGUGCAUUACAUCAGUCAAUUCUUCAAGUUCGACCUGCUGCCAAACAAUUGCCGAAUGCAGCGGGUUUUGGCAAUUUCCCGGGUAACAUAGCGUUUCGGUUGGCCAGGUUGCCCGACCUCAACGCUAGUUGCCUGCAGUUGAAGGCCGCGAAAACUCCAGCUUGCCCCGACGUUUCGAGCGGAGGUAUUGCCAUUGCAGGAAGUGCCGUAUCGAUUAAAGUUGUGUACCCCAAUUCGAGCAAAGUUUAACCGCACGAAGACUCCAUGGCGAUGAAGGAAAAUGCGACACCAGCCGCGGUUCAGUGCCAGAGACGACUCCGAGCUUCUUCAUGUUUACACACGACCCAUCUCUUAAAUUCCUAGCAUCGUCGGCAGGGCCAAGAGGGUAGCAACUGCUGUUCGUGCACGCCGCAAUACUUGUGCUUUCACGGGCCCCGCAGCACAUCGCAAUUGCCAUCUAAUCACUGCAGAACCAAACUGACACAACAAGCUGGCCAGCAACUCGGCGGUCGGGUUUGGGAACGAGAAGAGAGCAGUGCAAGUUGCUCGAUCAGCUCUUGUAGAAGACUGGUCAGUCAAUAACUGGAGUCCUUAGGAAUAGGCGGCGCUUCUGGCACGUGCUGUAAGCCAGUCGCCGAGGUCAAUGGCCCCCGAUGAAAAGCUCCUGGCGCUUUGGCACUCUCGCCAUGGAAACAAAUGGUCCAAAAUCGCCAGCGCGAUGCCUGGCUGCUGCGUCACAUCGCUCAAGAACCUUUACUACAACACCGCAAGGGCAUGCCUACGUGCGCGGCCCGUCAACCGCGGCUCAUUCCUGUUUGAGUAUGUGAUGCUGGUCCGAGACAACCCAGAUGAUGACGCCGCACGUAUGACAGCGUACGAGCAGGUCUGUGCGCGCCUGGGCAUAUCCGCUCCCGCCACAGCCACCGCCGCCGACGACCCCGCUUCGGACGCCGACGACGCUAGGGCUGUCAAGCCGCCGCCGCGGCGGCCGCAGCAGAAGCGAGUGCGCCGCAAGCCCCGCCGCUCCGUUGCCGCGUCAUCCUCGUCUGAGAGCGGCGAAAGUGAGGAGUCGGCGGAGGAAGGCGGCGAGAGCGAUGACGCGUCUAACGCCAACAGUAGCGACGGCAGCAGUGACUCGGAGCAGGAGGAGGAGGGGGCUCCAGAGUCCGAGGAGGCGAAGUCGGAGGAGACGGAGGAGGACGAGAAGGAUGAGGAUUUCCGGGUGGUGCGGCGGCGGCCGCGGAAGUGCUCGCGGGCAGGUGCGGGCCAGCGGGCACGCCCCAGCAAGGCAGCAGGCGUAGCUGCUGCUGCUGCUGCUGCUCCGGCGGUGGCGGAUGACGUGGCCGCACCCCGCCGCAAGCUGGGCCGCCAGGGAUCGGGCAACACAAGUGGUAGCAGCACAGUCACCAACGCCAGCGGCCACGUAGCGGCAGAGGCUGCUGCGGGCGCGGCCACGGACGCGGGCGCACGCGAGGGCGAGGGCGGCGCAGUGUCUGGUGCCACCGCCGCCGCCGCCGCCAUGCAGCAGGAGCAGCCGCAGCGACAGCUGCUUUGCAGCCAAGAGGACGUGACCAUGGCUCCAGAGGAGGCGGGCGAGGUCGGCCCUGAGGGCACCGGUACCGCUGUUGCUUGCGCGGCGGUGGGCGCGGCGGCGACUGCCGCCGCUGCCGCGUCUGAGACGGUGGUGCCGGGCGGCAGCACUGGCCCAGUAGUGCGGGCUGCUGCUCCCGGCGGCGAUGCCAACGACGGAGCGGUCGUGGCCGCCGUCAGCGGCGGCGCUGAGCCCAUUAACCAAGAUGACAUGCCGCCGGGUGCGGCGGCUGGGGCGGCUGAGGCGGCUUCCGGCGGACUGCUGGGGUCGGCAGUGGCUGUGCGCCCGCUGCACAUGCAGGUGCAGCCGCAGCCGGGGCGCCUGUACGGCAUGGGGCGCCCGGAGUCAGAUCUGCACGGCGACGGGUUCUUUGGCGACAUCCAUGGCGGCGGCGGCAGUGGCUGUGACGGCGGCGCCGCACGCGACGGCAGUGGCGCCCCGCGGGCCACAGGCAGCACCUCGGCUGCGCACGCCGGCCCCGACUCACACACACCCGACCUGAAUAACAACCAGGGCCUGCGCGCGCUCUCCUGCGACGGCCACACCGCGCUGCCCGUGCCGCCGAGUGCGCCCGGCAGCGCGACCGCCACGGCGGCCGCAUCCUCGGCUGCGGGCGUGGCGCCGCCGCCCUCCGCGCCCAUGGCGUCGUGCGAUGCAUUGUACGAGCAGGUUCGAGACCACCGCCAGCACCACCACCCUGCCAAGCCGCUUGACGACUUCUUCGCCGGACACCAGGGCCCGGCCGUCGGCUAUCACGGCCACUUCCCGUCCGCUGAGCUGUGCUACAGCCGCCAGCAGCUGCAGCAGCAGCAGCAGCAGCGCAUGCCGGGCGCCGGCCCCUCCCGGCUGCAGCCGCUGCAGCCACAACCGCGCCAGCAGGCGCAGCUGCCGGCGCUGGGCUCAGACUCCCACCUCGGACAGCAGCAGCUGCUGCCGCAGUCGCAGUCGGUGGGUCGGAUGCAGCUACAGCCCUUCCCGCAGCCGCCCAGCGCCGGCAGUAGCAUGUGCCGCGUCGACACGUCCGGCACACUCUCCACACUGCACAGCUCCGGGGACGGCAGCAGCAGCCGCGUGCUGCUGUGCUCUCUGCCGGAGCUGCCCGGCGGCAAGCGCCUGUCGCUGACCGCCGCUACUGCCGCGCCGGGCUCGCUUGCUGCAGCCGCCGCGUCGCCGUGCCUGCUGGGCUCGCCGCUGCUUGGCGCCGACGGUGAGGCUGAGGCCCUGGAGGGCCUCCUGCACAGCCUCGAGCGAGACCUGGGCAUCAUGAGCCCCGCCCACCGCAACCCCAGCCACGGCAGCCAGGUGCUACAGCCGAGCCAGCGGCCGCUGCAGCUGCAGCUACUGCCGCACCCCCGCAGCGCCGGCAGCAACAACAACAGCGACAGCGGCGCCACCCAGCAUCCCCUCUCCCUGUCCGGGCCGCACCCACACCCGCACUCGCAGCCGCAAAGGCGGCUGCAGGGCCUUAGCGUGGGAAGCGCCACCUGCACGGGCCCGCAGCAGCAGCAGCCGCGCCUGGCGCCAUUCCUGGGCCUGUCGGCGGCGGCAUCGCUGCAGCCCCCGCACUCCAACCGCCCCGGCGCUACUGCUGGUGCCGCGGGUGCAGCACCGGCCGCGAGUGCCCGGCCGUCAUGGCUCGGCGACCGGGGCCCGUUGGACUUGGCCGAUGAGCUGCUGUGCGGCAGCGGCGGCAUUGGCGGCAAGUCGCCGCGCCGCCGGCUGCUGGGACCGGCGUCGUCGCAGCCAGACCUCGAUGUCAUGGAGGGGCCGGUCGCGCGCAGGACCGAUCCAGGCAUCGGCGUGCGUCAACAGCACCACAAUGCCAUGUUAGGCGCACUAUCGGCUGGCCACACCAUCACCAACACCAACAUCAACAACAUCAGCAACACCAACAUCAGCAACAACAACAUCAACAACAUUAGCAACAACAACCUGCUGCACGGCGAUCUGCAGCUGGAGACGAGUCUGCAGUUGCAGCAGCUCGGACAGCGCGGCGGCGGCGGCGGCGGCGGCUGGCGCGGCCCCGGCAGCGAAGGCCUGCACUCAGUCGCCUUCGAGGCGGGCCCCGCUCUGUCGCAGGAGUUCCCCAAGAGCAGCGACGCGUUCACACCUCGGUCGACGGCGGAUGGUUACGCCGCCGCGCCGCUGCCGUUUGACGGCCAGCAGACAGCUGGAUAUGACGUGCGCUCAGGCGGCCGCCGCCCCUGCUGCCCCAUGCACAGCUCCCCCUUCGCGGCAGCGGCAUCGCCCUGGGGCCAGCUGGACCCCCUGCUGGGCGUGCCUCGGGGCGGCAGUGUUGGCGGUGGUGCCGCUGUCGGGCCGCUGUCUAACGACUCGGGCGGCAGUCCUUGUUGGAGUGGGCCGCACUCCCACCACGCACCACACCACGACCACCACUACCGGCACCACCGCCAGCAAUACCACCCGCACCACCCGCACCACCAGCACCAGCACAACCACCAGCACCACCACCACCAGCACCAGCACCAGCACCACCAGCACCACCAGCACCACUGCCCCCUGCACCAGCCCCACUGCCCACUCUACCGCCACCCACACGCGCUCAGCGGCGCGCACUCUAUGCCGCAGCCCCUGCCCAGCUUCUGCCGAGAAUCCUGGCCGCUGCAGCCUGAGGGCGGCGGCGGCGGCAUUGCAGCUGAACGCGGCGCAAUGGACCCCACUGCUCCCAUGGCCAUGCAGCUGCGUCCGCAGCAGCAGCAGCAGUUCUAUUGCCAGCAGCUGUGUGGUGGUGGCGGCGGCAGCAGCCGUCACGCGUCCGGUCCGACUGUCUCUCGACUGGCAGGCGCGCGUGUUGGGCCCUACCCCCGGUGCACGCUACCCGGACCCCACUCGCCGUUUGCAGCAGCCGGCGCCCGCAAUGCCGGCGGCCUCGAGAGCCACCACCGCGGCAGCGGCGGCGGCGUGGGGCCGUCGUGCGUCGGGCUGCACUCUGAAACGCCGGAGCCCCUGCCCGGCUCGCACAUGGAGUGGGCGUCUCAGCCCGCCGCCACACCGUUCACGCAGCAGGGACCGCAGCGGCAGCAGCACCACCACCAGCACCACCACCAGCAGCACCAGCACUACCAGCACCACCAGCACCACCAGCACUACCAGCACUACCAGCACUACGAGCACCAGCAGCACCAGCACUCGUGGCGUGCGUCGGCGGCUCCAAAUGUGCAGCGCUGCUACAGCCUGCAGAGCUUCGAGGACACCGGUCCUUUGCGCCCGCUGGUGCCGCUACCGCCGCUUCCGGCGCUAAAGCCGCUGCCGCCGCUACCGCCCCUGCCACAGCAACAGCAGCAGCAACAACAGCAGCCUGUCGCAACCGACCUCCACACCUCUCCUAAUUUCUUCGAUGGUGGUGGGCUACGCCGUGAGAUGAGCAUAGCGCGCACGUCAUCCAACUUGGACAACAGCAUCAGCAACGAUUGCGACGGCGGCCCUGGGCGCGGCAUUUCCCUGGAUGCUGGCGGACGCCUUUCCAUUGAGCACGGCGAGUGUGUCACUUCUGACACGGACCUGGAUCUGCUGGUGGAUAACCUGAUUUGGAAUCCUGCCCCUGAGGCGUCCUGGAUCCGUGCUGACUGAACUGACUUGCUUUAUGAAAUGGCCAUGUGCUACUAGUAACAUUACCGACUUGUGUAUGUGCCGUCAACACGGACGUGCGGUAUGUUACACGAACACAAUCAUGUAUGGGUGUGGGCAUGGACAGAUGCACAUGAGCUCCGGAAGGGUGGGCGCGCAGUCUGUUGGAGAGGCCGCAUGCGCGUGUGUGCGCCAGCCGUGUGUUGACGCAAGAUCCUGUGUGGUACUGCCUACCGACGAUACGGUAUGCGAUGACUUUGUGCGCACCUCGCCUGAAGAUCCUUAUUAGCAUGCCUGCACUGGCGAAAGCAGGCCAUAGGUCGAAUCCAGCCCAGUAUGAAGGUUACUCAAACGGCGCCGCCGGUCGGGCGCCAUGGUGGAGUCGUAGACGUCGUUAACGUCGUCGCCGACCUGGUGGGGAAGGUCCCGGUGGCACUGCCAGGCGCUGCCACAGGACAGCAAAGCACGCAUUGGCCGUACGUAGUUGUUGAAGCAGGUCUUGGGGGCUGAUUGAGCACGGGGGUUUGGUCUGCCUGAAGCACCGCCACAGUGCUCGGUAGGCACCGCGGUUUCGCAGUGUGUGGUUCGUGGCUAUCGGUAGCAGUGCCAGGGGCGGGUCGGUCAGCUUCUUCAGGCGGGGCUGGCCCUUGGGCUGACGCCGGACGUGCCUGUUGGCACCUUAUAGCAACCGAAGUGGUCGGGGCUCGGACCAAAUAGGGAAGCCGCGAGCAGUCCUUAUGCAACAAGUCUUGGAUGGAGCAAGAAAGCAGUACCUGUGAAUGAGAGGAGGUUGGGUGGAGUGAGCUGCACAACGGAAAGCCAACCAGCGGGAGUUGUCCAUGCGCUCGACAUGCGCCUUGCAAAUGGUUCCAUUCGUUUUGAGGUGACGUCAAGUACACGAGAUAUGGAGGUAUUCGUCUCUUGCGGCGUCGUCUGAAGAUCAAGCAAGGCCAUUGAUACCGGAGUUGACGGAUGCGGUUGUGGCGGGAAGUCUUUGUAUGAGAUGUGCGCUGCAAGGUGCACUGUAAGACCUUUCUAGUGGUGUUUCAGGAGGUUGGGGCGUCCUCAGUGGCCAGAGUUAGCGGCAGCAUUGUAGCAACGGAAUGGACCCGUCGGCUGGAUGAGUGUGGAGGCAUGGCGCUUAAGCGGGGCCUUAGAACUACUUGCGAAGGCGUGGGAACAGCUUUGUUCUUUUUUACCAGCAGGUAAUGCAGCUGACUAACAUUUGAAGCUGAUAGUGGCGUCUGAAGAGGACUUGAGCAGGGGGGCGAUUACGUGGCAAUGCGCAUUUGAUAGUGCCCUGUGGUGUACCCAUGCGUGGCCGCAUGCCAGCAAACACGCCGUGCAAUACGCUCGUGCCCUCUUUUUGUUUGCUGGUGUCGGGCCGUUCCACUGCUGUGGGGGGGGGGAGGGAGGCGCACAGGCAGCACUUUGCGGGCCGUGCUCAUGCGCAAGGUUACGAGUGUUUUACAAUAUGAGUUACUAAUGUGCAUUUGUUUGGACUCGAGACGGUGGCUGUUGCGGCGUUUGGCAACGAGCGCCUAUAUACUUGCCAAUUUGCCAUGCAUGCAGGGUUGAGCACAGCAAGGGGUUAUCCAGUUCUGGUUUGGUUGAGCUCAGGGAUGCAUUCCUUCUUGGCUGUUAUUAUGACAUUAAAGCAUGCACAUGCAUAGCAACCAGCAGGCGUCACGCGUAGAAUGAGCGGGUGUGUGGAAGUGCCGCCGUGCCGCACGGCUUCACACACACCAUGAAUAAGCCUCGAAGGGGUGGCUUGCGCAAUGACGCGGGGCCCCUGCCGAGCUGUUUAGCGGUUUGUUUGGGAACAAAUGCUGGCCUGCAUCCCAGGGAACAUACAGCCCACGGGCGCAAGCACAGGCGCACAGCAAGCACGGAUCGAAGGGUGCCGCGCGCCGGAGGAUCGGCUUAGAUUCUUGUCCCUUGAUGGUGCUGGUCGGGGGCCAUCCUUGACGCUGGUGAAGUGGGUGUAGAGACGGACGCAUGACCAUGGGUGUGCCGUGAACGUACCGUAUGAAUGUACGUGGGAGGUCUCAGCGUACAGUAUGUACGGCUUGUCAUGUUGCUAAAGCAGUGACACUGCAACUGUGUCGCUCUGGCGGGGUGAGAACGACUGCCUGUAAUAACCUGUUGAA